GAGCGCUUAAGAGAAAGUAGUGGCGGGGCCGGAGCCCGGCGGAGCCCGCGGAGCGGCGGUGGCAGGAGCAGGAACCGGAGCGCCGCCGCGCCGGCACCCGGAGAUGCCCUGCAUCCAGGCACAGUGCAGCACCACGGGCGCCGGCCCCUGUGAGCGCUGCCCGGCCGAACUGCUCUGCCCCGAGGGCGGCCGAUUCCCCAUGGAAGUGGCUGGAGCCGAUCUGGCGGCCGCCCCCGCCCUGCCCAGCUUCAGCACCUUCAUGGAGGGCUACGCCGGCGAGUUUGACGCCUUCCUCUACCAGCUGCCAGCCAGCGGCCAGUCCAGCGCCGCCACCGCCUUCAAGCUGGAGGACUUCCAGGUGUACGGCUGCUAUCCCAGCGCCUUCGGUGGGCAGCCGGACGAGACCCUCUCCUCCAGUGGCUCGGACUGCUACGGGAGCCCCUGCUCCAUCCCCUCGCCCGCCACGCCGGGCUUCCAGCCCCCACAGGCGCCGGGCUGGGAGGGCUCCUUCGGGGCGUACUCACCGCUGCCAAGUUACGAGGGUGGGCAGUCCUGGGCUGAGCCAGCCAAGGGUGGGGGGUCACAGCCCCCCUUCUUCGCCUUCGGCCCCCCGGCCCCCAGCCCUGGGGGAUCUCCUGCCACCCUGAAGGGGCAGCCGGGCCCCUCUCCCCGUGUGGACCCGCGGCUGCUGGACACGGACGCCUUUCCCCAAGGUCCUCCCAGGGGUUUUGCGGGGCUGCCCCUGGCCCCCAGCUCACCGCUGCUGGAGGGGCCAGCGCUGGCGCCCACCAAGGUGCGCAGCCCCGGGGCAGGUGAGGGCCGCUGCGCCGUCUGCGGGGACAACGCGUCCUGCCAGCACUACGGCGUGCGCACCUGCGAGGGCUGCAAGGGCUUCUUCAAGGUAAGGGGAGCCCAUCUCAUCACCUGUGGGAUGUUCCCACAGCGCUCCGCGGCGGCAGGAGGAUGCUGCGGGCUGCCCGGGGAGGGGCAGGGCAGGGAGCACGGCCACGGAGCCCUCCCCACGGACACGGAGCCGGAUGCUGGGCUGGAGCGGGAGGCAGGGGAGGACAGAAGGGCUUUUGUUUGGAGCUCGGCGCCCCGGGCUGAGCUCGGCCGCUCCUUCCCCACCCGCAGCGCACAGUGCAGAAGAAUGCCAAGUACAUCUGCCUGGCCAACAAGGAUUGCCCUGUGGACAAGCGGCGCAGGAACCGCUGCCAGUUCUGCCGCUUCCAGAAGUGCCUGGCCGUCGGAAUGGUCAAAGAAGGUACCGGGGUCCCAGCCCGGGUGGGGGGUACCCGGCAGGAGUGGGGAGUCCCCACUCCACAGCCUUUCUGGCUGCCCUGAGGACAGACACUCAUUGCAAGUCCCAACCACAGUGGUCCGGACUGACAGCCUGAAGGGGCGGCGGGGCCGUCUCCCCUCCAAGCCCAAACAGCCGCCAGAUGCAUCCCCGGUCAGCCUCAUCACCUCGCUGGUGCGGGCACACAUCGACUCCAUCCCCAGUGCCACCAAGCUCGACUACUCCAAGUUCCAGGAGUCAGCACCGUGCCCGUUUGAGAAGGAAGACUCAGUGGACGUGCAGCAGUUCUAUGACCUGCUCACCGGCUCCAUGGACAUCAUCCGCAAGUGGGCCGAGAAGAUCCAGGGAUUCACCGAGCUGCCCAAGGAGGACCAGGACCUCCUGCUGGAGUCAGCCUUCCUGGAGCUCUUCAUCCUGCGCCUGGCGUACCGCUCCAAGCCAGAGGAAGGGAAACUCAUCUUCUGCAACGGGGUGGUGCUGCACCGGCAGCAGUGCGUGCGUGGCUUCGGAGAGUGGAUUGACGCCAUCCUCGAGUUCUCCCAGAGCCUUCACCGCAUGAGCGUCGAUGUCCCCUCCUUCUCCUGCCUCGCUGCCCUCGUCAUCAUCACAGACCGGCACGGGCUGAAGGAGCCGAAGCGGGUGGAGGAGCUGCAGAACCGCAUCGUGGGCUGCCUCAAGGACCACGUGGCAGCAGCAGGGGCCGAGCCAGGCCGCUCCAGCUGCCUCUCCAAGCUGCUGGGGAAGCUGCCGGAGCUGCGCAGCCUCUGCACCCAGGGCCUCCAGCGCAUUUUCUACCUCAAGCUGGAGGACCUUGUGCCACCACCGCCCAUCGUUGACAAGAUCUUCAUGGACACUCUGCCUUUCUGAGUCCCAGGCAAGGGGCUGCCAUGAGCCCCUGACCCGCCUGGGGACAUCUGGGACCCGCCCAGGGCAGCCCUGGUUCAGUCCGAGGAUGCCUGGGAACCCUCUGGGCACCCCUGGGUCACCCCUGGGAUGCCUGGAACAUCCCCUGGGUCCCCCUACAUCAACCCUGGGAUGUUUGGCACCCCCCCAGGGUGACCCUCAGAAUGCCCAGAAACCACCUUGGGCAUCCCUGGAUCGCUCCCAGGAUGCCUGGAACCUGCCCUGGUCACUCCUGGAUCACUCCUGGGAUGCCCAGGACCUCCCUGUGGACUCCUGAAUGACCUCUGGGACACCUGGGACCCCCCCCUGGGCCAUCCCCAAGACUCUACGUACACCCCUGGAUCAUCCCCAGAACACCUGGAACCCUCUCUUGAAUCACCCCCAGAAUGCCUGGGACCUCCCUCCCUGGGUCACCCCCAAAACUCCAGGGUCCCUGCUAGGCACCUCGGGAUCACCCCUGAUAGCUUGGACCACCCCCCCCACCCGGGUCACCCACAGGAUGCCUGGGACCCCCUGGGCACCCCUCCAUUGCUCCUGGGAUGCCUGGGACCACCUCUGCAUCACUCCAGGGAUGCCUGGGAUCCCCUCUGGAAAUCUGGGUCCCCCCUCAGAUGCCUGAGUCUUCUUGAGGGCACCCUUGGGGUGCCCCGUGUGCCUUCACGGCCCAGGGCCAUGCAGCGGCCCCGGUGCCGUCUUCCCUGGGGGCAUCGCCGGCGCGGUGCCCCCUUCCCCUGUAAAAAUGCCCCUGAUGUAAAUAGCGCCGGCCGGGUCCUGUACAGAGUGGGGGGCGCGGGCGAGAGGCGGCUCCGGCCCUUCAACCUCGGCCCCUUCCCCUUUAUAUAUAUUUUUCUGAGUUUCCGUCUUUUUGGCCAUUUUCUGUAUAUAAACUUGUACGUACAGUGAGA